GUGUUUGAUCGCAUUCGAUCCACAGACGAUGCGGAAAAAGCGUUCGAGAAAGUGGUGUGCAUCAAUGGCGACGUAUCCGACCCCGGCCUGGGCUUGAGUACUGAGGAUAGGCAAAGGCUGUGCUCGGACGUGACAAUCGUCUUUCACUCGGCGGCCACCGUCAAGUUCAACGAAACCCUCCGCACCGCUGUCACACUCAACACGUUAGGCACGCAACGAGUCGUCGACCUGUGCCGGUCGAUGCCAAAGUUAAAGGCUAUGAUUCACGUAUCGACAGCGUACUCGAAUGCAGACAAGAUGACGAUUCAAGAGUCAGUGUACAAGCCACCUGCCGACCCCGGGUUCGUGAUCAACUGCUGCCAGAAGAUGUCCGAGGAUGACCUGCGGGAGAUGGGUCGGCGGAUGCAGGGUAACCACCCGAACACGUAUACCAUGACCAAAGCCAUGGCCGAGUGGGUGGUCGCCGAACAAGCGGACGACAUACCAGCUGCAAUCGUCAGGCCCAGCAUAGUGACUGCUGCUUGGAGAGAGCCGUUCGAAGGGUGGGUAGACAACAUGAGUGGCAUUACGGGCAUCAUGAUGGAGAUAGGACGGGGCACAAUCAGGAGUAUCGUGUGUGAUCAGAAACUACGUGUGGACAUCAUACCUGUUGACAUUCUAGUGAACACGCUAAUAACGUCUGCCUGGCACACGGCCACAUACAGGCAAAACGCCGUCCGCGUGUACAACUGCACGUCCGGAGCGUUGAACCCGCUCCGCUGGGAGGAGCUGGGCAAUCUGUGUCAGUACCACUCGCUGACCGCGCCGUCCAAGUACUUGCAGUGGUAUCCGGGCUUUUCGUUCCGUACCAACCGCAUGGUGCACAGGCUGUGCGAGAUCCUGUUCCACUUCGUUCCCGCAUUCGUGCUGGACAUCGUGUUGCGGCUCACCGGCUCCAAGCCCAUGAUGUUGAAAAUUUAUAGACGUUUCAAAAUGGCAGCAAGGACUGGAGAAUUUUUUGCACUUCAUCAGUGGGAUUUUAUCAGCAAGAACAUCCAGGAGCUSAACAAAGACAUCUCGUUUGUUGAUCGACGUACAUUUCCCGUUGACAUCACACAAGUGGUGUGGGACACAUAUGUCAAGGACUAUGUGUUUGGCAUACGGAACUAUGUACUCAAGGAUCCACCAUCGACCAUCCCUCAAGCGUUAAGCAAACUCCAAAGAUUUUAUUGGAUGCAUAGGAUGGCACAGUGCGUGUUUAUUGGGAUGGUAAUACAUGUCCUCAAAUCAAAGUGAUCAGAAACAAGAUUUUAUUUUUUGUAUAAUAUUAACUACAGAUAUUAUAAUUAUAUAUUAUAUUAUGUUACAUAAAUAGUAUUAAGUAAUUGAACAUUUAAAUUUUUUAGAGUUACAUAACAAUUGAUGGAAUAUUUCAUUACUUUGUGGUAUGCAUAGUAUAAUUUUUAGUAAUAAAAUUAAUUUUAUCGGUUAUAUUAUUACAAUAUGUAAAAUAAGUUUUAUAUACA